AUGGCGUCUUCAUCUCCGGCUCGAGUUCUGCUCGUCCUCGGCGCAGGCCCCAACAUCGGCGCACACCUCGCCCAAACAUUCAGCGCGAAAGGAUACCAAGUCGCGCUGGCGUCGCGAACCCCCCAUCCUGUCGAGGCGACAUCCUCGAAGCCAGCCUCGGCCUACUUGCAUGUCACUGUCGACCUGAGCCAGUCGGAGUCGGUUCCAGGCGUCUUUGAGACGGUCAAGGCUGAGAUCGGCGCCCCGAGUGUCGUGGUAUAUAAUGCCGCCCUCAGAUAUCCCGACACGCCCGACGACCCGCUGUCCUCCUUGUCGCUGGCCAAUUUCUCCACUGCACUCGCCGUCAACACGACCUCGGCGGUCGCUGCCCUGCAGCAAGCCGUGCAGGGCUUUCAGAGUCUACCGGCCUCACCGUCGUCGGCGUUCUCCAAAACAUUCAUCUUCACCGGCAACAUCCUCAACGUCAAACAUUUCCCGGGCAUGCUGGCAUUCGGCCUCGGCAAGGCUGCCACGGCGUACGCGAUUCAGGACCUUGUCGAGGGGAAGAAUGCCUACCGGGAUCAAGGUAUUAAAUUCUACUACGCUGACGAACGAAACCCCCAAGGCGGUCCUGCCGGACCUAACAUCGACGGCCCUGCCGCCGCAAUCGAGUACCUCAAACUCGCCGAACGCCAGGAUCAGGGGCCCUGGUUGCACACGUUCAUCAAGGGCCAAGGCUACAAGGAUUUCGGAGGCCAGUGA